GUUCUACUUUCGUUUUCAAAUAAAUGCAACAAAAUAAGAGAAUAUCUUCAAUUACUUAAUGCUUUCACUUCCAUAUAUAUAAUUAUAAACACUUUUACCUGUUUUACUCCGCAUUUUCUUCAAUAAAAGCGUAAUACUUGAACUAGAAAAGCUGAAUUAAUAUUACAGAGGUGCAAUGUGCCACAUUCACUCAAUCCAUGUGCGCCACAAUAUUGCGUUCUUCCGGUGUUCCGGAACGUAAUGGCUACAUGCAGUAAAAGACGAGUUGACGACCCGACGUCGGGUGUUACAGCAACUAAGAAACGACACGAUUAUUAUGACGGUGAAGAUGAAUUAUUUACAACUUUCCCUAAGAAAUUGAUAAGGCGUCUAGCAAAACAUCUCGAGACUCUGUGUUGUGAGGACGACUAUGUUUUCAAAACACUGAGGAUUUUAAACUGCAACGGCGCAGACUACAAUGGCGGGGUACCAUUUACAAAAGCUUACUGCAGUGUUACGCUUGGGUCACGUACUCUGUUGUUUGGCAGCGUAUUUGUCGAUGGCAUCAAAAUGUUAAAGGCAUUUUUAAAAGACCGCCAUGUACCAACGGACUUGCAAGAGAAACGUAUCUUGAGGAAAUUGUUGAUCUUCAUAUCUGAUAAAGAAGCACAUUUGCUGCUGAAAAAUUUAGAAAAGUUCAAUGAAACGGAGCUCACCAUGGUUUUGGCUAAUCACCUACAUGGAAAAUUAGCAACAUCAUCCAAGUAUGUAAUUGAUAAAAACUGUACUAAGGAAAGUAAGCAUUGCCCAUGUUCUUCAGAAAACUGCAGUUUGUCUGGUCAGUUUGCAGAUACAAGUAUCGGAAACGAAGAAGUCUGGCAUGGAAACUUAGACAUAAUUGUUGACAAUGACACGGUUGGUGUGUCUUAUCCUUCUGAAUGCAAAGCAGACAGCCCAGGUGGUAAAUCUACAGUUGAAGUAAAAUUAAAACAUGUUAAUCUCUCAAGAAAUCAGCAGAUAAUGUCAGAGACAAUUGUCUUUUCAUUUCUUCAAAAACAAAGGCAUCCUGAAAGUAGGCAUUUUCUGUUCCCUUGCAUUGGAGUAGCAAACACAGGAAUGGUCGUGUAUUUCUAUGAUUCACAGAAAGAUGUUCUUCUGGAAAGCUCAUUCAUUUCAUUAGUGUCUGUGGAAGGCAAAGUCAACACACAAGCCAUACUUGCUUCUUGGUUUGUUGUUAAUUACAAAUAUCUGUCAAGUGGAAUACCACACUCUAAGGCACCUGAUGAGAAAGCAGGUUUUUUUUCCCAUGUUAAAGAAAAACUGGAAAUCUAUGAACAUAAUUUGAAGUUUGGAAAUGUGGGUAUCUCCACAAGUUUGGAGGAUGAUGAUAGUGAUUUAGAAGUUGAACCAUCAGACUUUCUUUCUGAAACACGUUGGGAACUUCUGGAAAUUGGCUCCAUGUCAGGGAGCCAAUCUUAACCCACCCAUGCUAAUAUUGUGAUAAAUAGUUGGCGUCCACCGCCUUUCUGUUUUUGCUUUAAACUAUAUCAGGAAACCGUACAUUGAAAUAAAUUUUCUCGUUAGAUUCAAAGUCAUAGAUCUAAAGUAGUCUUGAUUGUUUUGCUAUACGAUCCAGUGGUAUAAAUAAAAUCCUGUCUCAUCAUAAAA